UAAAUUGCGUAGGUCCAUUCCGACGGCAAGAGCCGCCGCUCGCCCUCGCCAACUACUGCUGGUAGUGCGGUACCUGAGCCCUAAGCUGUCAGUCGCCACUUUAAUAGGUCUCAAAUUCAGUCCUUCGAAAUCAAGUUCGUGCGUGAAGCACGAAUCUUCAACUAGAAAUUUGAGAAGCUCAAACCCGCUGCCGAGGAGGUCGAGCACGUGGUGGCGCUAAUGCUUCCCCUGUGAAGGUCAAAGACGGUGUUGUGAUUGUCCUGUGAGAUUUUUAUCGUCAUUCAUUAUAAAAUUGUAGACAUUUGUUUAUUUUGAUACAUUUUUGUGUUUGGGAUUGGUAUUGGUUUGGGUUCUGAGAUUUUCAGUGAUAUGAUAUGGUUUUCCAGUGAAGUUGUAAUUGCACCUUUAUUGUGUGUUUAUUGGUUUAGGUCUUUCCUAUAUAUAUAUAUGUGAUUAUGUGAUGGAUUUGUUUACAAAUAAAACAGUCAAGAAUUACAGAGUACAUUGAAAAAUUUUGGAGAAGGGUUUUGGGUGAAGAUAAAGAGUGAAAGAGAUCUAGAGAUAGGGAGUGAAAUGGGGUCCAUUGUUUGUAUAAGUGAUUUGUUUGGUGGUUAUUUGUGAUUUGUGUAAUGAGUAAUUGUAGUAUUGCAGACAUUACUAGUAAAAAAUGAAGACAACAUUACACUAAAAUAACUUCAACGAGAGCUUUGUUACCUUUUAAUAUUAUUUCUUUUUUAUGCUUAUUGAGUUUUUAAAUGAUUGAAGUUGUAAUAUGCUAGAGUUGCUCAUGCCUAAUCAAUUUGAAAGUCUUGGAGCCAAGCAUCAGUAAUUUGCAUAUAAAUGUUGCCAAGAGAAAAGAAUGUACUUUACUUUUGAGUGAAAUGAAAAGAACAGUCUUUUGAUAACAUGAUAACAUGAUCUGUCUUAGUUGCCUACUUUGUGAAAGAGCUAUGGUGUAAGCAUUUUAAUUAUUGAGAAAUUUUUUAGCACAAUACGAUGUGAGCCAUAUUAUGAAACUCUAAUUUCUGUGUGCAGAUUUAUGAUUUACUAAAAGAGAAUCACGUGGUUUGUCUUGUAUGCAGCUUUAACCCCAUCUUACCUUGUGUCUAGGCCUAACCCCAAGUUUCAAUCCGGGGAUUAUUCUGCAAGUGGUUCUUACUUCAAUUAAGGAUUGCGGCUUAAAUUGAUUUUUUUGGGUCUUCUCAGCCAAAACUGGAGAUGCUACCAUCAUCCACUGUUCUGUCUCUCGCCGGUGCUGGCACCGUAUUGACGGUGAUUUUUUCCGGCGAAUUGGGUCAUCUCAAAGCCAAGUGUUCUCCCAGACCCAGAAAGGUUUUCAGCCGUUGGUGCAUAAAGGAGCUUUAUUUACAGCAACACUCCAUCAAUGGUUUCAAGUCCAAGAAGCAAAACUCACUUUCAAGCUUCGCAUUCGGUAAAAAAGCCGAAGACAGCUUUUUCUCGGAUGUAAAUGAAGACACAGAUGACAUGUAUGAAGAUUUAAUUAAUAAUUAUGGAAAAGUGGUAUUUAGUAGAAAAGACAAAAAGCCUGCUAGCGCAGAGAUUGAUGAUGAUGCUGAAAGCCUGUCAUUUGCUAUGGAAUUGGCUUCGGUUGCAAGUGAGGUUAAGGCAGCAGAUAUAAAGGUCUUGUUUGUGAAGCCACUUGUUUACUGGACCCGAUUUUUUAUCAUAGCUACAGCAUUUUCCCAUCCGCAGAUUGAUGCUAUCGGGUCCAGGAUGAGAGAUCGAGCUGAGAAAAAAUAUGGAAAAAUUCCAACAGGAGAUACAAAGCCCAACUCAUGGACCCUGUUGGACUUCGUGAACAUGCUGUUGGCUCAACCCAUUUUCUUCUCUCCCAACUUUCCCACUCUCAUCAAGAAGACAAAUUUGAGAGCUUCACUUCAGCCCCACAACAAUUUUCCUCCUCUCAGAGUUUCACAAAUGCCAAAACCACUUGGUGUGAGAGCAAGACCCAAAACCCUGUUGGCUCCGCUUCAGAAAAAGAGUGGUGUCCAAAUCUGCCAUAGCUUCAAGAAAGAGAGCGAAGUUGGUGGGAAUGACGAAAGAGACUGGACAACCUCCUUUUUGCUCUUUCUCCUGUGGGCAGCACUCAUCUACUAUGUCUUCUUUCUCACCCCAAACCAGACCCCGUCAAGGGAUUUAUAUUUCCUGAAAAAGCUCCUGAAUCUGAAAGGGGAUGAUGGUUUCAGAAUGAAUGAAGUGUUAGUAUCAUUGUGGUAUAUAAUGGGCUUGUGGCCAUUGGUAUAUAACAUGCUCUUGCUUCCUACAGGAAGAAGCUCAAAAAACAGUAUUCCUGUAUGGCCCUUCCUGAUACUUUCAUGUUUUGGAGGUGCAUAUGUACUUCUUCCUUAUUUUGUACUUUGGAAACCGCCAGCACCUCCUGUUGAAGAAACUCAGCUUAAAACAUGGCCCUUGAAUUUUCUGGAAUCAAAAGUAACUGCAUUGAUAUCACUUGUUGCAGGGGUAGCCAUCAUAAUUUAUGCUGGUUUAGCUGGACAAGAUGUGUGGAAAGAAUUUUACCAGUACUUUAGGGAAAGCAAAUUUAUUCAUAUUACCUCCAUUGAUUUUAUUGUACUUUCCACAUUUGCACCAUUCUGGGUAUACAACGACAUGACUGCACGAAAAUGGUUUGACAAAGGUUCUUGGCUUCUUCCCAUAUCAUUGAUACCAUAUUUAGGGCCUGGUUUGUACCUUCUCCUACGGCCAUCAUUAUCAGCAGUGUCCAUUUCGCAAACUCCUGUUGAACCAGAGUGAAA